AAGACUGUGAUUAAAGUUCUAAAGAUUGUUGGUACAGCAUUGGCUAUCAUUAACGGCUUUAUACAGCCUUUAAGUUCGUUGGUUUAUGGAAAGCUGACGGAUGAUUUAAUGAUUCCUCCGGGAGAUAGCAAUAAUAUGACUCUGGGAAAUAACACCUCUAACAAUACAAUGAACCAGAACUUAACCAAUACGAAUUUUCUUCCAUCAGAGAUAUCGAAAGAGAACAACAAAGGGGAGAAUGAAAAAAGCAACGAAGUCUUGAGUAGUCUCAAAAUUAUCCAAAAAACUCUUGCAACUAGUUCGGAAAAUGCAAAUCAGUCUAGGAUUCCAAGUCGCCUGGUGCUGACUCCGGAAACCGACCCCCUGCAUCCACCCGGCUAUGGAUAUCCGGUUUUACCUGGACUAAAACGGUUACAACCUAAGCGACCUAAGAACUCUACAAAAACCGAAACGCGCAUAGGACCAUCGCCUGCCGACCAAGAAGAAAGAAUAUCAAAAUAUGCCAUGUAUUAUUGCUAUCUAGCUUUGGCGACAUUUGUGUGUUCGUACGGACAAAUGUUGUGUUGGAGUAUUUCCGAACUUUCAUGUUUUCGGGCGAAUCAAUAUGAAAGAGUAAGGCAAGAGGAUGAUGUGGAGGAUGGAAAAGGCGACGGGGACGGUAAAAGGAAAGGUGAAGAAGAGCAAGAGGAAGAAGAAGAAGAGGGAUUUGGUGCUCGUAUAACCGUGAUCAUUCAAAAUGUUGCCAACUUUGCCUCAAGCAUGCUUGUCAGUUUCAUUCAAAAUUGGCAACUGACGUUAAUGAUGUUAGUCGCGGGUCCAGUCAUAGCAUCUGUUAUGUUUUAUAUGAAUAAGCUCAAGUCGAUUGCAUUGGAAAAAGUGAAAUUACUUAUGCAGAAAGCAAGGGGUGUUGCCAAAGGAGCUUUUUCACAAGUGCAAACUGUAGCAGCGUUUGGUGGGCAGGAUUAUGAAAAGAAGAAGUUUGCAAGUAAUUUGCUUGCUGCUGACAAAGCUGCAAAAGUUCGUAGUCUGGUUGAUGCUAUUCGGGCUGGAAUAAUGAUCGUGAUUGCCUUUGUGUUCCUUGGAAUUGGCUUUUGGUUCAGCUCAAUUCUCAUAUUAAACGGAACCUUGACACCUGGAGCCUUUAUUUCAAUAUUCAUGGCGAUAAUUUCAUCUGUACUUAAACUUGUUAAUGUCGGUGGUGCAGUUGGUGUUGAUGAAGGAAAGGAUAAGAAAGAUGAUAAGUCAAUGCUCUCAUCCGAUAAUGAGGAGGAAAAUCAACGUCCCAAUGUUAUUGGAAGAAUUCUAGAACAUUUGUCCAGUCCAGAGGAACUUUUCAAAUAUUAUCCAAACAGGCCCGAAGCGAUGUUGAAAGGUGGAAAUCGUUACAAAUGUAAUGACGAGUUGAUUGUUCAGUUUUGCGGUGGAAAAAACGAUCCUGACCGCAAUAAUAUGACUACCUCAGUUCCCCAUGCGCCUGCCGCCCCUGAUUUAGACAAUACCGUGCCAUCGCAGAAUAGAAAAAAAGGGUUUUCUAUGUGGAAUCCUAAAAAACUGAAUGAGAAAAUGAAAGAAAAAUUCCAAAGUAAGAAAAAUAACAAGUAUGAAAAUGUUGGUCAUUCAAAGCAAGGAACCAAUGUCAAGAGCAAGUUUUCUAUUGAGGGAAUAAAAGAGCGUGGUAAAAAUUGCUUUGAAGGUGCAAAGUCUUUCUUAGAGACUAAAAUACUUAGUCAGGUAAAAAAACGAGGCUUGUCACUUGAGGCAGUAAAGCUACAAAUACAGCAACUUCCAUUGAUUAUCCUCAGUCUUGUUGGAGCUGUGAUGACCGGCAUGAUAGCACCUGGAUUUUCACUCUUACUAAGCGAGAUCUUAAUAGUUACAGCUGAUCCUAAGCGUCUUAAAUCUGAACGUUAUAAGUGGGCUUUCAAGUUUGUCGAUCUUGGUAUUUUCAUUGCCAUUGGAUCUUCAGUGCAGAAAUUCUCUACAUCCUUAAGCGAAAGUCGAGUGGAGAUGGGCCUGAAAGGGAACGCUUUUAAUUCUACGAUGGAUAAGAGUGAAGCGCCGAAGACGUCAAGUGAGGAUUUGGAAAUAUCCGCUGAUGAAGAAAAACUGAAAUCGAGGAGCGAGGUGUCCAAGACAUCCACCGAGCAAGUUUUGGCACCCAAAGAGAAAGAAAAUCUGGAAAUAAAUGUCAAGGAACUUAGUCAGCCGCAAAAACUAUCGAAAGAGCCUGACAUGAAAACAAAUCUCAAGCGAACAUCUCCGAAUCCGAUAUCCGAAGAUAGCCAGGACUUAAACCUUAUCGACGAGCCGAGCAGUGCAAAAGCUGAAAGCAUGACAACAAAGAUGGAUAAAAGUUCAAUGAAAAACUCGUUUUCCCUAUCUAGUCUUACAGCAAACGUGAGUAGUAAUAUAUCGACCUUCAUGACGAUGUUCAUAGCGUUUACAAAUGGUUGGAAGAUGACGUUGGUCGUUCUUGCCGGUCAGCCAAUCAUAUCAUAUGCGAAGUCCGUGCAGAAUGACGACGACACGACGGACGAGACCAAGGAUGAGGAAAGUGACGGGAUUAUUUCAAAGGUUUGGAAAAAAGUUCGUGGUGUAACGACAUCAGCUGCUGGAAAGAUUCCUGCAAAUAAUAAUGCGUCAAAGUUCAAAGAUGAAUGUCUAAAACCUUACAAAUACGCGGUAAAGAUGCUGAUUGCAACGGGCCUUGCCUUUGCAAUUGCGGAAUGUGUGACCUUUCUUGUAUAUGCAGGAGCUCUAAGAUACGGGGGAUAUCUGGUCCGUGUUGGCGAAAUGACGGUGGAAAGUGUUAUGACGGUGCUCAUGACCGUGUUGUUUGGAGGAGCGGGGUCAUCAAACGCACCAGAAGAAAAGUCUAAAACCAAGAAAGAGUCCCCUGAAACUGAAGAAUCAGGAGAUGUCAAGGCUGACGGAAAUGACAAUUUGCCUAAAGAAAAAAAUGACGUAAACGGUGAAAUGGAAUUUCACGAGGUGGAAAUUCAUCAUCCUGAAAAGAAAAAUGUUAUUCUAAGUGGAUUAAAUAUUUCGGUCAAGCCAUCUGAGACAUUGGCUAUUGUGGGCACGACAGAUUUUAAUAGUAACGCCGUCCUUGCACUGGUUGAGAGAUUUUAUGAUCCCAGUUCAGGCUGUGUCACCUUAGAUGGCUUAGACAUACGUGAUAUGGACCCGAGAUGGUUACGGUCUCAAAUAGCAUUAGUAUCAGAAACCAGCGUGCUCAGUCAUCAUAGUAUCGCCGAUAAUCUAAUGAUCGCUGACACUGCAGGAUGCUUAUCGUACGAUUACUUGGAAGAUGUUGCUAGAAAAACUCGUCUUCAUGAAGACGUUGAGAAUUUUCCCAACUCGUACAAUUCACUGGUUGAUGACGACAUCCUUUUAGACGAGAAAACAAAACAAAAGAUUGCUAUAACGAGGGCGGUUAUUAGAAACCCUCUGAUUCUGGUGAUUGACGAGUUCUCACAACUCGACGAAGAGGUAAAAGAAAGCUUGAAAAAUCUUAAAUCAGGAAAGACGUGCAUAAUUUUUGCUCGGCAUUUGUCGACAGUCGAAGAAGCCGACAAGGUCGCGAUCGUAUGUCAUGGAAGAGUUCUUGAACAGGGUACACGAGAGGAAUUACUGAGAAGAAAAGGACUUUAUUAUCAUUUGAUUAAUAUUAAGUUACAGUCAAACAUCGCACCAGCUUUAUAGCGCCAAAUUAUUUUAUAUAUGAACACGGCGAAUGGCUGAAGCGUUACCCAUGCAAGA